AUGGCGAUCCCCAUGCAGAGGUUGGGCGGCCGCGCCCUGCGCUCAGCCGACAACGACGAUGUCGAGCGCGAAUACGACAGACUGCGUGACCUGGCCCGCGCCGAGAACGACCGGGCUCACCAGGCGUCCCAGAGAUCCCAAGAUGCCUUCCGCUCAGGCGACCACGACGCAUCCCAAAAGCACUCGCGCGAGUCCAAGCAGCACUACGCCAGACGCGACGACUACAACCGCCAGGCAGCCGACUACAUCUUCCGCGAGAACAAUGCCCCGGGCAAGGUCGACGGCGACACCAUCGACCUGCACGGCCUCUACGUCGAGGAGGCAGAGCGGAUCCUGGAAGAGCGGAUCCGCGCCGGCCAGCGGCGCGGCCAGCAGCACCUCCACGCCAUCGUGGGCAAGGGGAACCAUUCCACGGGCCACGUCCAGAAGAUCAAGCCCAAGGUGGAGGAGCUGUGCGGCGAGCUGGGGCUCAAGUACAGGACCGAAGAGAACGCCGGCAGGAUAUACAUCAACCUCCAGGGCGGGGAGCCUGUGAAGCCCGGCCAACACGGUGCCGGUGCCGGUGCCGGACAUGGGGGACACACCGGCCACGGUGGGCAGCCACAGCAACAGCAACAGCAACAGCAACAGCACGGCAAUCAGCAGCAGAGUGACAUGGAGGAGCUGGUCGGCAAGGUGCUGCCCAAGGUUCUGAGGAAGUUGGAGAAGGCCUGCUGCACGGUCAUGUGA